AUGAAGAAUUUUCCUGUGUUUGUGUUUCCUGUGUCGUUGGAAUUUUAUUUUAGCGCAAGACAUACUCAUAAGCAACUAUUAACUGUUUAUAAUCCAUAUGACUUUUCCGUGAAUUUUAAAGUACUAUGUACGUCUCCAAACAAGUUUACUGUUAUUGACCCAGAGGGAGUGAUAGCUCCUCAAAGUUGUAUAGAUAUUGUUGUACGUUAUACUCAACCCUGCGUGUCGCAUUGCAAUACCACAGAAAAGUUUAGAAUUACUAUGUAUGAUAGAAAUACUCAACAGGCUUUGGGUAAAAGAGAUAUUCCUACGAAAUUGAUAGAAGGUGAACCAUCAAACUCAAAUCCUGAAAGCUUAGGUGACAGUUUUCACCCAUUAACAACAAAGGCAGGUGCUUUACAACCUUCUGAAGAUCAUGGACGACUAAUAUGCAACCAUCCUUCACAUCACAGAGAACAACAACCAAUUAAUGUUGUAGCUGUUGCAGUCAGUAUAUGUUGUAUAGCUGCGUUAUUACUGCCUACUCAGCCUGAGCAAAUCGUAAAGUCACAAUGGCCAGAAUGGUUGCACAUUGGAUCCAACCUCAAAUUAGUAUUUUCAUUUGUACUAGGACUUGUAAGUAUGUUGGUAUUAAGACCA